AUGCACCCUGCAGUUGUCGCCGCCAUGCAGGGCCAGACAGACGACGGCGUUGCCUUCCGCGCUCGGCCGAACCACGUCCACCGCACCUGGGCGCGCACCUUUUCCUCGAUGCCCGAGCUCUAUAUCCAGCCGCAGACACUCGAAGAGGUGGAAAAGGUGGUCAACCUCGCGCGGCUCUGCCGCCGGCGCAUCGUCACCACAGGCUGUGGCCACUCGCCGUCGCAUAUUACCUGCACCUCGAGCUGGAUGGUGAACCUCGACCACUUUAACCAGAUCCGCUCCGUCGACGCGCAGACCGGCCUCGUGGUCAUGGAGAGCGGCAUACGCCUGUACGCGCUUUGCGCGGCGCUCGAGGGCCACGGCCUCGCCAUGCCCAACCUCGGCAGCAUCAACGAGCAGUCGAUUGCGGGCGCCAUCUCGACCGGCACGCACGGCAGCAGCGCGGCUCACGGCCUCAUGUCCGAGGACGUGGUCGCGCUCAAAAUCACGCUUGCCAGCGGCAAGACCGAGUCUUGCUCGGCCACGGCCAACCCGGACCUGUUUCGCGCCGCGCUGCUGUCGCUCGGCUCUCUCGGCAUCAUCACCGAGAUCACGCUGCGCGCCGUGCCGGCUUUUACCCUCCGCUGGCAGCAGACGGUUGACUCUGACCGCACGAUGCUUGCGUCGUGGGAUGGCGCCCUGUGGAAGCAGACCGAGUUUGUGCGUGUGUGGUGGUUCCCGUAUACCCGGCGCUCCGUUGUCUGGAAGGCCGAGAAGACCGACGAGCCGCACCGCGAUCCGCCCGUAAGCUACUAUGACGGCUCACUGGGCUACUAUGUAUACCAUAAUCUGCUUUAUCUCGCGCAGUUUGUACCGCGCACCCUGCCGUGGGUAGAGUGGUUCGUGUUUGGCAUGCAAUACGGCUUUGCCAACGGCUCGUCCACCAGCGCCGUGCAGCCCAGUCGCAAAGCGCUGCUCAUGAACUGCCUGUACUCGCAAUUCGUCAACGAGUGGGCGCUUCCUCUUUCCAAGGGCCCCGAGGCCCUGCGACGACUGAGCUCCUGGCUCAACCAUCUGACUCCCAACGAUCCCGACUACGUCCCGCACAACAUUCCAUUCUCAGCCGACGGCCUUUAUGUGCAUGCGCCAAUGGAAGUCCGUAUCAGCGACACGAGCCUCACUAGCAAUGUGCGCCCCUUUCUCGACCCGACUGUGGAAGACGGCCCGACACUCUAUCUCAAUGCCACGCUGUACCGCCCGUACUGGCGCGAUCCGCCCUGUCGUGCGCGUUACUAUGAGGCGUUUGAGUGGCUGAUGAAGGACAUGGGCGGACGACCGCACUGGGCCAAGAACUUUGAUACCGAGCAGGCGGAUAUAGAGGCCUUUUAUGGUGAGAGCCUCGACAAGUUCAGGCGCGUUCGCGACGAAGCGGACCCAGAGGGCAUGUUUGUUGGCGCCUGGCACAGGGAAAAGAUUCUCGCUAGAGGAGACAAGCUCGCUCUCGAGGAGACGGAAACGUCUAGAGAAGAGAUAUCCAGCGGCGGAUUGAUGACUUUUGGACAAAUAUAG